AUGAAGUCGAGCAUUCUUACCGCCGCCAUCUCCAUGGCGUCCGUGCUUGGAGCCUACGCUCAGUCGAGGGUUGAUACACACUCUCACUACCUCCCUGACUUCUAUCAGCAAGCCCUCCGCGACGCUGGUCAUCUUCCGGGCCCGGAUGGCAUGCCCGCAAUUCCGGAAUGGGACCCAGAGAGUCAUCUUCAGUUCAUGAAGAAUCAAUCCAUCUCCAAGUCGUACCUGUCAAUCUCUAGCCCUGGCGUGUACCUCACUCCCCCGUCCAAGGCGGCCACGGCCAAGGCCAUUAAGCUAGCACGACAGGUAAAUGAAUACGGGUCCAAGCUCAAGGCGAAGUAUCCAGACCAGUUCGGCUUCUUCGCAUCCUUGCCCCUCCCUGAUGUCAAGGCAUCCCUCGAGGAGAUCAAGUACUGCUUCAACAAGCUGAACCCUAAGCCGGAUGGGAUCGUGGUCAUGUCCAACUUCUAUGGCCUGUACCUCGGCGACCCGGAGCUCGACCCCAUCUAUGAAGCCCUCAACAAGCUUGGCGUGACAAUCUUUGAGCACCCGACCACGCCUUGCACCGUGCACAACCACAAGCAGUUCAAGAUUGACGACAAAAAGGAUCCUAAGAUUACGCAAAAGGAGUGGCAGGCCCUCAACCGUCCCAUUGCCGAUCGUAUGGUCACGGCACCUCUGCUUGACUUUCCCUUCGACACAGCUCGCACUGUCGCCGACCUUUUCCUCUCUGAUGUGCCCGCCCGGUUCAGCAACAUCCGUUGGAUCAUCCCUCAUGCGGGAGGCGGCCUUAUGCCGACUCUGGACCGCCUCCUCCUCUACCCCGUCCUGUACCCUGGCGGUGCGACUCUGACCGCCGAUACCCUCAAGGAGGCCCUGUCCACUCAGUUCUACUUUGAUCUCGCUGGGCCGUGGCCCGUGAACUACUCGAUCCCACCACUUCUCCGAUGGGUGAACUACACAAACAUCCUCUCUGGCUCAGACGUGCCUUUCACUUCAUGGGCUGCCGGUGCCGCCGGUAUCACCCAAUUUGAGAGUGUUAUUGGACAGGUCUUCGAUGAUCAAGCCAAGGUCCAAGCCAUCCGAUCUGAGAAUGCCCUGGGAUUGCUCAGUAAGAAGUAA